AUGAGAGAGCAGGAAGUGACUUACACAGAAGUGAAAUGUCACACAUCUGAGCAGCAGAGGAGACAAAGACCUAGGAACUCUGAGAGCAAAGAAAUGAGAAAGAAAGAGAGGAUCUACAUGAAUACAAAAUGUCUCACUCUUCCUAAGCAGCAGUUGAAUCAAAGACCUGAAAAUGAAGAAAUCAAAGGUUUCCCUGCUCCAGCUCCUCCCUGGAAGAUCAUUACAGUGAUUCUGGGGAUCUUCUGCCUGAUAUUGUUAGGAGUCUCAGUGGCCUUGGCUAUCAAGUAUCAUUCCUGUCCAGGAUGCCCUGACCAGUGGGUACGAUAUAGAGACAGCUGUUACUACUUCUCCAACGUGAAGAAAGAUUGGAAUUCUAGCCGGAAUUUCUGCUCUGCUCAAGACUCAGGGCUCUUGGUAAUCAGUGACACCAGGGAAAAGAACCUGUUCCUGGGGAUCCGUACAGAAGAAUACUGGAUUGGAUUGACAAAUUUCAAUGGCUCUGGCUGGGCCUGGGAAGAUGGCUCAACAUUCAGUGAUAUAAAGGUCACCUCUAACAGCCCUGUGCAACACUGGGAUGUCCUACUGAAGGGUGCCUGCCAGGCCUCCAGCUGUGCAGUUCCUUUCCCAUGCAUCUAUGAGAAAUCCUCCAAGUAA